AUGGCCAGCCCGGAGCCCCGGCACGGCGGGGACGGCGCCGCCCAGGCCGCGAGGGAAACAAGAGCAGAAGGCAGUUCUCCUCUUGAAGAAGAGAACUCUGAAUCCCCCCAUGAGGCGGGGACUUUGGACCCAGAAGUGACUCUGUCUUUGAAGGGGACCUUGAACUUAGACGACAUUCUCUCCCUGGGGGACACAAGUGACCUCGAUGAGAUAGAUGAGACACUCUGUGUGGAAGAGACAGAGAAGCCCGAGGAGACCCUGCACAUCGAAGAGACCAGGCAGCCAGGGGAGGUCCUGGACACGGACGAGCCUGCGAAGCCAGACAUCCUCUAUGUGGAAGAGCCCGCGAAGCCAGAAAAGACCGCAAGCCCAGAGCAGACCGGUCAUGGGGGAGAGACGGGCACGAGCGAGGAGAAAGCGCGCCCUGAGGAGGGCCUCAGCGCUGGGCCUAGUCCCAGCACAGAGAGCCUGAGCAUAGAGGAUCUGGAACUGCUGGAGGAGCGUUUCCAGCAGUGUGUCCAAGCUGUGGCCCAGCUGGAAGGGGAGAGGGACCAGCUCAUCCACGAGCUGGUGUUGCUCCGGGAACCAGCCCUGCAGGAGGUGCAGCGGGUCCAUCAGGAUAUCCUGGCUGCCUACAAGCUGCACGCCCAAGCGGAGCUGGAGAGGGACGGGCUAAGGGAGGAGAUCCGGCUGGUCAAGCAGAGGCUGUUCAAGGUGACCAAGGAGUGUGUGGCCUACCAGUACCAGCUGGAGUGCCGCCGGCAGGACGUGGCCCAGUUUGCCGAGCUCCGGGACGUGCUGACCACCCGGGCGGCCCAGCUCUCUGAGGAACUGGCCCAGCUCCGGGAGGCCAACCAGAAGCAGAAGGAGCAGCUACGGCAACAGCUGGAAGCGCCUCCAAGCCAGAGCGACGGGCACUUUCUCCAGGAGAGCCGGAGGCUCUCUGCCCAGUUUGAGAACCUCAUGGCGGAGAGCCGCCAGGGCCUGGAGGAGGAGUAUGAGCCUCAGCUGCUGCGCCUUCUAGAGAGGAAAGAAGCUGCGGCCAAAGCUCUACAGAAAACCCAGGCCGAGAUCCAAGAGAUGAGGGAGGCUCUGAGACCCCUGCAAGCAGAGGCCCGGCAGCUCCAGCUGCAGCACAGGAACCUGGAGGACCAGAUCAGGCUUGUGAGGCAAAAGCGGGAUGAGGAGGUGCAGCAGUACCGGGAGCAGCUGGAAGAAAUGGAAGAACGACAGAGGCAGUUAAGGAGCGGGGUACAACUCCAGCAACAGAAGAAUAAAGAGAUGGAGCAGCUAAGGAUCAGCCUUACUGAAGAGCUCUCCACUUAUAAGGCUAUGCUACCCAAGAGCCUGGGACAGGCUAACGCUCCCACUUCUCAGGCAGGUGGAACCGAGACACAGUCUCAAGGUGAUCCUUGAGGGUGUAAGAGUGGUGUUUGCAUUAUUGCUGCUCCUAACUUAACAAUACUAAUGCCUUAAGAAAACUUAAGAGUGUGUCAAAUGACAAGUCUGUUAGGAGUAACACAUACCUCCACAUUGCCUGGUUUCAGCAUUCAGGGGUCACUUGGAAUGUUUGUUUCUAGCAGGACUCAAAGUAUGCUCUAAUUAUCGCCAGGAAUUCUCUAACAGGAUGACAUAUCCGGGCUCUGUGCAUUCUUACUUUCCUUGGCCUAUCCUACCCCAUCUGCUAUUCAUAAAUAGCUUCCUUAGAAUAGCAGAGAAGACAGUUAUGCUACCUAAUUCAGACUGUGACAAAGGAGGCCAAAAGGCUAAAUUAAUCUCGAGUCAUAAAAAAGGCUCAAGUGGAUGUUGUUAUAUUAUAGCCUGUGGGACAGGAUUAUUGCUUAAAAUAUGAAACAAGCAACACACCUAUUCAUUCCUUUCUUUAUAUACUAAUGUUCUUAUAUUCUGUAUAAAGUCCUAGAUUCUCUCGGAUAAAGAAACUAAGGAUUAAAAAAGGUCUGGGUCAAGUUGUAUACUAGACAGAUGCCCAUAAAUAUUAUUUUUAAUUUCCUGGUUAAUCUUGUGUCUUGGAUACAAACUCACAAAUAACAAUUAUAACUGAUACUUUUCCUAACUUACUAGCAUUUUCUUUUACCCUGUUUUAUCCAGGCAUGACUGAUUAUGCUUAUAGUUUGGGAGAUUAGGAACCUUGUAAAUAAGGAAAAUGAUAUGUUAAACACCUUUG